UCCUCCGCCUUCCUUCUCUUCGCCCACGCUACUCCUGUCAAUAAAACCCUUGGUCUCGUUCUGGUCUCUUCAGCGAUAAAGAUCACGAGAGCAAGACGAAGUAGAAGAGUUCAAUCUCUCUCGUUUUUUAGAUUUUUAUGACGGUAAAAGAAGAAGUCGAAAGAAUAAUCGAAGAAGAGAUAAAAAAUCUUUCUUUUUUGGGAUAAAAAGACGAUAAAGAAGAAGAAGAAGAAGAAGAAGAAGAAGAGGAACUAUUCGGUGGAGCUUCUUGUACAAUUUUUGCGUUCUUUUCUACCAAGAACAGUUUUUUUCUUGUGUGCUCUUCCUUUUCCCUUUUUUUUGGGUUUAGAUCCGGUCGUUGGCCAGCGAUCUGUUCCAAUUUUGGGCUGAUUAUGAACUUAGGUUAGCUGUAUUAUUUACUCCAGCUUCUGUGGAUCUUUGUUUUACAGGUCGCGACGUAGGACUUGCGUGCUUUUCGGUAACUAAGCAAUAUUUUAUGUGGUUAUUUGAACUUGGAGGCGUCUGCUUCUGCAUCCGGGCUUCAAUUGAUGUUAAAAGGGCUAUUGUGAUCCUCCCUGUUUGAGUUGACUAAAGGCUGCAUUUCUAGGGCAAAGUUUGGAUAGAUUCAAACCUAUAAGCAGGAGAAAAGAAUAAGUGUGAUCAAGAUGACAGAUAAAAAAGAAAGCACCUCCAAGGAUGCAGAUAUAUAUGCUUUACAAAAGCAAUGUGAUGAAGUUCUUUGCCCUAUCUGCAUGGAUCAUCCUCACAACGCUGUGGUUCUUUUAUGCACUUCAUAUGAAAAAGGUUGCAGAUCUUACAUUUGUGAUACGAGUUAUAGGCAUUCAAAUUGCCUUGAUAGAUUCAGAAAUUUGAGAAUGAACUCUAGCGACAACCCCUCUGGUUCCAGCUCUACCAUCUUUGAGAGUGUUGAUGCAGAGAGACCUCGCUUGAACUCUUCUUAUCCGUCAGAAUCUGCUUCCUUUCCGGGUGCACCAAGGACAGGAACAAACUUGGAACCCCAGGACAGUUACGGUACUAAUGGUAGAAUUUCUGCUGGUUUAGCUGAAUAUUUAGGCAACAAUGCAGAUGGACAAGCACAAGAUAGACAUUUAGCAUCUCAGGCAGAAGCAAAUUCUAGUUUUGAUGGAUCCGGUGGUGGUAAUGUACCAGAGGACAACUCCUUGAAGUGCCCUCUCUGCCGGGGUACUAUACUAGGUUGGAUGAUUGUUAAGGAAGCCAGAGAAUAUAUGGACCAGAAGCUAAGAAGCUGCUCUAGGGAAUCAUGCUCUUUUUCUGGCAACUAUAAGGAGCUUCGUAAGCAUGCCAGGAGGGUCCAUCCCAUGACAAGGCCAGCUGAGGUUGAUCCAUCAAGGCAACGUGCUUGGCGUCGGCUAGAAAACCAGCAGGAGCAUAGUGAUAUCCUCAGUGCCAUCAGAUCAGCGAUGCCAGGUGCAAUAGUCUUUGGGGAUUAUGUCGUUGAUGAUGCAGAUAGCCUGUCAGGUGAUGGGAAUGGGCCAUGGUGGCCUACGCUCUUUCUGCUUCAUAUGAUUGGCAGUCCGAUAGGUUCACUUGAUGAACAGAGGAGAUCGUCAAGGGCUUGGAGGACCCGUCGGCGCUCAUCCACACACCGCCAUCUAUGGGGUGAGAACCUAUUAGGCCUGCAAGAUGAUGAUGACUGGAACUCAGACAAUGACAUUCAGGCACCAAGGAGGCGCAGGAGGCUAAUGAGAUCGAGACGAGAUGAGGAGCAGCCAUGAGCUUAGGAAAAUAAUUUCCCUUCAUUGCUUCAUCUCCAGCGAUGAUUCCUUUCGACUGCAGAGAGGAGACUAUGCUUGCCUAUUACUCAGGCAAAGGAUGAUGGCUUCUUGACCUGUUGAUAUUAAGAUUUUUCAACUUGCUCUGAUGGAUUCCUGACUGUGUCCUUGUUGGAGUAUCAAAUGAAUUUAGUGGAUGAAUAGUUUGUAUUCAAAUGCAUUAUUGGUUGUACUGUCCAGCCUCUGAAAUCUAAAACCUGUUCAGUGGGGCUGCUGAUGCUGGUGACAUUAUCCAUUGCUUCAAUUUCUUGGCCAAAUUUGUUUUUUUCUCAA